AAAUCAAUGAUAGCAAUAGAGAAAUCUCAUAUCUUUAUUUUUAUGUGUGGACAAUUAAGGAAAACAUAUAGAAACCAAGUGCAUAUGGAGAAGAGUAAGACAAGAUCAGGUGUGAGGAAAGGUGCAUGGACAUAUGAAGAAGACAAGUUACUCAAAUCUUGCAUUAGAAAGUAUGGUGAAAGAAAAUGGCAUUUAGUUCCUCAAAGAGCAGGAUUGAAUAGGUGUCGAAAAAGUUGUAGGUUAAGAUGGCUAAAUUAUUUAAACCCUACUAUCAACAAAGAAAGUUUUUCUGAAGACGAAGUUGAUAUGAUGUUAAGGUUACACAAACUCUUAGGAAACAGAUGGUCAUUGAUUGCUGGAAGGCUUCCGGGUAGAACAUCAAAUUAUGUAAAGAAUUAUUGGCAUACACACUUGCGCAAGAAGGUGAUUUCAAAAAAAUUAGAAGAAAACAAAGAAAAAGAAAAACUUAAGGAAACCGUCAAACCUCAUGAAAUUAUUAAACCUAAACCUCGAACUUUCUCAGCAAAUUCACCGUGGUUAAAUAGGAAGUACAUUAAUUUUGUAACACCAAUAGUGGCAGUUUCGACAAAAGAUGGAACUGUUGCAAAAGAUAGUGACAUAGAGAAUACUAUGAUACCAAUUAAUGGUGAUGUAGAUUCUGCUGCACAACCAUAUACUGGAAAUUCGACAACCAUGUGGUGGGAAAAUUUGUUAAAUGUGAGCAAUGACAAAAUUGGCCUAUGCUCUUUAUUACAAGAGGAGGACUCCAAAUAUGUUAACUUUCUUAGUGAAGUCCCCAAUGUCAAUGAUUGCAAUUGGGAAUCCAAAAUCUAUGAAUUUGAAUCUAUUUUAGAUAUUUUAAAUUAGGAUUAAAUGCCAUUGAGUGAAGUAGCAGUAGCAUUGUUAAAUUUUAGAUAUUUUAAAUUAGUGAAGUUCAAAGUUACUACGUGUAAUUUUUUUUUCCCUUUCACCACGUUUAAUCUGGUUGGUGGGUCAGUUCUGGUAUCAAGUGUUUCCAGUCUCCUCCCGAUCGCACUACGUGUAAUUUUUAAUAUAAAAAAAAGUUUACUUUUUAUAUUUAAGAAAUAAUUGAUAUAUUUGAUUAAAAAAUAGAUCAAAUAUCUCAAGUUUACAAAGUAAUUUUUAUUUA